AUGCGAUGCGCGAGCAAGGCCGCCGAGAGCGCGUCCACACGUCUCUGUGCGGACGCCGAAGCAGAAACCAGAGCAACUGAUGUCUCAUCGGUUGCUGAAGCGACUCAGCCUGUGUCACUUGGUGAUGCAGGUGCUGGUCAUGAAGACACUCAUGUCUUCACAGAGUAUGAGCUCGGUGUCUCAUACUCUCCUGAUACGGAAGACGGAUCCGUAUCGACGGCGAUUGAAACCAAGCCGCCUGCCAAGCGUGGCAUGGAUGAUGCUUUGCGUCGUAGCAUCUCUGGUUCAUCUGAUGAAUCAGAUGAACCAUCGCCGAAGCGGAGGCGCUCGAGGUCGCGCUAA